GAGGUUUUAGGUUGUGUACCCUUCACAAUAAGAGCUCUCUAUAAAGUUGCUUGCUGCAACAACAUCAGCUAAUUAAAACUCCAACCAAACACUAUGUUGGAGGGACAUCAAGUUUUUGGCUUUGGCUUUGUUGUAGUUGGUUUGUGGCACUUGUUCAACAACGUGAAGCUCCAUGCACUUUGUUCCAAGUCCUUCACAUCAACCCUAUGGUUUCCCUCCACAAAGUCAAGAUAUUUGGAGCUCUACUUUGUCAUGGCAAGCAGCACAACCUUCAUCUCCUUGGAGCUCUUCAUUUCACCAGCUCAUCACCAACCAUUUGGCCCUGAUGGAACCAUUCCCACCAACCAUCUCCACAACUUUGAACACUCCUCCAUGGCCAUGUCCUUCUUGGUGUAUGCCUUCUUUGCCCUAAUUCUUGAUGCAAAAUGCUCCAAACCUCAACAUGAGUUAACUCAUCUCUUAGGAGCCUUAGCUUUUGCACAAGAAUACCUCCUCAUCCACUUUCACUCCGCAAAUCACAUUGGACCAGAAAACCAAUACCACUACUUCUUGCAACUUCUGAUUCUUGUUUCUAUUAUCACAACCCUCAUGGGAAUUGGCUACCCUAAGAGCUUCUUGGUCAGCUUUGUUCGUUCUGUGAACAUAGUUUUCCUCGGUGUGUGGCUUAUAGUCACAGGGAUUCUGCUUUAUACACCAGGGUUUCAAUCCAAAGGGUGCGUCACGCACCUCAAAGAAUAUAAGGUCACAUGCAGUGAUGAUAAGGCCCGUCAUCGUGCUGUUGCUCUGGUGAACAUUCAAUUCAGUUGGCUAUUGAUUGGAAUUACCAUUUUCGCGAUGUCUUUCUACUUGGUUUUGGUUAGAAUAUAUGGUGAAAAUGUGGAGUAUGUUUCGUUGAGCAAGGAGGAAUAUUACCUUGAAGAAGAUGAGUCAAACACUGACAUUGAAUGCCAGAAGAAAAGCAUACAGGGGAAAGUUUAAAACACAUUGAGAACAGUAAGCACACCAAAUCACAAUAGCACAUGGUUUUGCCCCAAAGCUAAAAAAUUUCAUAUUUAAUUUCUCGUAUUUGACCCUUUGUUGUUACUUUUUUUAAAUGAUCUGGGGUUGCAGGUUUGAUGUAUAAAAAAAUGGUUGUCCUCCAUUCCUUCUGUAAUAAUAUUUUAGCAGGCUUGGCUUUUUCUGA